UCCACACACGACCACCAAUCUCCUUCUUUGCACUUACUGUUGAUUUGAUCCGAGGCUUUUUUACUUACACAUGGCUUCUUCUUUGCCAUCGAAAGAUUUUCAAGAGGGAGUUGAUGAUGAUGAUGAUGAUGCAGUGAGAUAUAUGCCUACUGACCAAAACGUUCUGAAAAAACAUGUUGCAUUCUUUGACAGGAACCAUGAUGGCCUCGUUUAUCCAUGGGAGACUUUUAAAGGUUUUAGAGCAAUUGGGGCUGGUUAUUUCUUGUCAAUGGCAGGUGCCAUCUUCAUCAACGUUGCUCUUAGUGGCAAAACUCGCCCUGGAAAAUUUCCGUCUCUUCUCUUCCCCAUUGAGGUAAAAAACAUCCACUUGGCAAAGCAUGGGAGUGACUCCGGUGUAUAUGACAGUGAAGGAAGAUUUGUACGCUUGAAGUUUGAAGAAAUCUUCAUCAAAUUCGCCCGUACACAUGCCAGUGCCUUGACAUCUGAUGAACUGAUGGCAAUGCUCAAGGCUAACAGGGAACCACAGGAUUACAAAGGAUGGAUCAUUAGCUGGACAGAAUGGAAGACUUUAUACUGUCUCUGCAAGGACAACAAUGGAUUAUUGAGGAAAGAAACAAUUAGGGCUGUUUAUGAUGGAAGCCUGUUUGAACAUAUGGAGAGGGAACGAGCAGCUACCAUAAAGAAAUCGCUCCAAAGUCGAGACAGACAUUGCGUGAUCCAAUUCCAACCCAAAAUCAAGCUAUACCAAGACAUGAGCCUUUUGCCGUGGAGCUCCUCUUUAAACCUUGUCUAAUGUAGCAGCAAAAUGGCAACAGUUUGGUCGGAGGUUUAAGUUAAACCCAUAAAUAGACCUGAAAGUGCUGUGGGCACAUGAAAGCAAAGACAAAAACUUCCAUCACUUUGAUAAAUAUAUAUGCAAAUAAUAGGAAAUUGUUUUAAUUAUUGAAUGUGACCUUCCCUUUUUCCCUCUUAUCUUCAUCUCUUGGUCGUUUCUCCCUUCAUUGUUUUUCUUUGAUGGAACAAGCCGUUCUUGCUCUUCCACUCCCCUAGAGAGAUUGGCAAAUUAGGCAAAGAU